AUUAAUAAUGAAUAUUACGAAUAAUAAAAAUAAUAAAAAUAAUUCUGUAUUAAAAAGGACGAAAAAGAUAAAUUCUAUAUUAGAAGAAAGAAAUAUAAACAAAAUUAUAUUUUAUGUAUUAAUUCUCGUUACAUGCUUUAAAGUACUUCUAAUUCCCGUAUAUCAUUCUACGGAUUUUGAAGUACAUCGCAACUGGCUCGCUAUAACACAUAAUUUACCAUUAAAAGAAUGGUAUGUGAAUGCCAAUUCACAAUGGACUUUAGAUUAUCCACCAUUAUUUGCAUGGUUUGAAUAUUUUCUCAGUCAUAUUGCAAGAUUUAUAGAUCAUGACAUGCUGAAAGUAAAAAAUCUGAAUUAUGCAUCAUUUAAUACCAUACUUUUUCAAAGAAGUUCUGUUAUAAUUUUAGAUUUAGUAUUUACUUAUGGAGUUAAAGAAAUUGGAAAAGUAUUUUGCAACACUUUUGAUGAAUAUGUUAUGUUCAUAGUUUUUUCUUUAUGCAAUAUGGGAUUGUUAGUAGUGGAUCAUGUACAUUUUCAAUAUAAUGGGUUCUUACUUGGUAUUUUUCUACUUGCUAUUGCAAAUGUUUCUAAAAUAAAUAAACAGAUAUCUAUUUUAUAUGGAACAUUGUGCUUUGCCUUGUUAUUAAACUUAAAACAUAUUUAUUUAUAUGUUGCACCAGUGUUUAUAGUAUGGUUACUUAGAUCAUAUUGCAUGAACAAUGGUUCAUUUUUUAGACGUUUAUUUAUACUUGGAGGCAUAGUUUUUAUUACUCUGAUAAUUUCAUUUGGUCCAUUUGUUUUGCAAUUACCUCAGGUAAUUUCAAGGUUAUUUCCAUUCAAAAGAGGUUUAGUACAUGCAUAUUGGGCAGCAAAUGUUUGGGCAUUAUAUAUAGCUAUAGAUAAAAUAAUAUUUUUAAUUUUAAAAAAAUUAAAAUGGCUAAAAAUUACUAGAUCAGCAGUAAUGACAGCUGGUUUAGUUCAAGAACAAUCAUUCUUAGUUUUACCAACUCCUACUCCAAUUGUAACAUUUUUAUUAACCAUUUUCUCAAUGAUACCCUCAUUAUAUUGUUUAUUAUAUAAAAAAGAAUAUUUUACAAAUUCAAGACAGUUUGUACGAUGUUUAGUUCUAUGUGCUUUAAGUUCUUUCAUAUUUGGUUGGCAUGUACAUGAAAAAGCUAUUUUAACUGCUAUCAUACCAAUGUGUGUAUUGGCAACAACAAACAAGAAUGAUGCUAGAAUAUACUUAAUUCUGAGCAGUGCUGGACAUACUGCUCUUUUACCUCUACUUUAUUUAAAUAAUUUAACUCCAUUAAAAAUUUUGCUACUUUUAGUCUAUGUAAUUGCAAUUUUUUUAGCUUUUUGUCAAAAAUUCAAUUUAGAUUUACUUUAUUCAUAUGAAUAUAUAUAUGUAUUUACUUUACCAAUAUUAACAGUAUAUGAAACCAUAAUACAUAAAAUAAUAUUUGGAGAAGCAUUACCAUUUUUACCUCUAGCACUUACUUCAAUAUAUUGUGCUAUAGGAAUAAUUUAUUCUUGGAUUUUUUAUUAUUAUAUGUUUUUACAAUAUAACAAAAUUUAUGACCAAAAAAAGAAAGUACAAUAAAAUUUAUA